CGCUUUCCUGCUCGACGAGUGGCUUUAUGUCUGAAUAAUGGGCCCUUUUUCUCCCAGGUUGGAAGGGAGCACCAAGGGAGCAGCACAGCCAAAGAGAGACGUUUAUAUGAGUGGCACAAUAAAUGAAUCUGAGCUGCCUCCUGGGAACCAGCCCAGAAGAGACUGACUUUACUUGGCCAUGGCUUUCCAGUGGGAAAUGCUCUUCUUUCGCUGUAUUUAUUUUUGGCUUUCCUAGUGUUUUGCUAGGCUUACAAUUAAUCCUAAGCUUCUGGGUGGCCAGCUGGGCUGCGAGGACAAAGUCUUCUUCAAAGCAGUUUGCUUGGUCAUUUCCUGAGGACCUUGGAUGUACGAGGAGCUUGGGAGAGCUUGACCUGGGUCCACCUGGGGCAUGCGCGCACCCCGCUUUUGGUGGAGAAGGAGGAAGCAAACUGCUGAUUUUGGUGCUUUGCUUGAACAUCCAGUCAGAAGUGGAGUCUUGCCCGGGGGCGUGUGUAUGCUACAGUGAACCGAAGAUUACAAUAAGUUGUCAGCAGCAAGGACUGACAGCAAUCCCCACUGAGAUACCCAUCCAGAGCCAGCGCAUCUUCUUGCACAACAACAAGAUAACCCUUGUGAGGUCUACCAGCUUCACCUCCUGCCGCAACAUGUGGAUCCACUCCAACAACAUCAGCCUCAUUGAGCCUGGAGCCUUCUAUGGGCUCAACAAACUGGAGGAGUUGGAUCUCAGCGACAACACGAACCUGAAAUCUAUCAACCCUGUCACUUUCCGGGGUCUCGUUCACCUCCACACCUUACACCUGGAUCGCUGUGGGCUCCUGGAGCUCUCCACAGGGCUUUUUCGAGGGUUGUUCUCCUUGCAAUAUCUCUACCUUCAGGAUAAUAAUCUACAGAACCUGCUGGAUGACACCUUCAUAGAUCUCGCAAACCUCACCUACCUGUUUUUGCACGGUAACAAAAUCAAGAGCUUGUCAGAGAACGUCUUUCGCGGGCUAAUCAACCUCGACCGGCUGCUUCUGCACCAGAACAGAGUCAGCCUGGUUCACCGCCGGUCUUUUCAUGACCUUGGGAAAGUGAUGACCUUGUAUCUGUUUAACAACAACCUGACCGUUCUCACGGGGGAAACUAUGGCUCCCCUGGUGUCCCUCCAGUACCUGCGCUUGAAUGGCAACCAGUGGAUCUGUGACUGCCAGGCUAGGUCUCUCUGGAAUUGGUUUAAGCAGUUUAAAGGAUCGUCUUCGGAGCUGGAGUGCCACCUUCCCCCCCGCUUGGCAGGGAGAGACCUCAAAAGGCUGCAGAGCGCCGACUUGGAAGGAUGCGUCGACUCCUUCAACCAGAUACGAACAAGCGUUUUUAGCACUAAGACCAGAUCUGGUAAACUGCCAACCGGGGUCCCUCCUCUCGGUUCCCACGACGGCUCCCCGAAGUGCUGCCAGCCAGAAACAGAUAAGUCUUUUAUUUAUGAAGCUAAAGGCAAGGCAGGUCCUUCUUCCCACAGCAGCCGGCCAUCCUCCAACAACCCUCUCAAGGACAAGGAGAACAUGUCCAAAACCAAGUACGUUGAGACGGACCCUUCCAAAAAUGGCAGCAACAAGCAAAUAAACGAUUCCCCCUUUGGGACCUUCCCCAGCAUUGUAGACCCUCCAUUGACCAAGUUGAAACCAGAAUUUCUAGAGCCUAUUGAACCUUCCACAGUCCCAACCAAAAAGAGGCAGGGCUGCUCUAAAAAGAACAAAUCAAAGGCCCAGUGCCGCCUCACCCAGCAAGGAAACAGCUCCACGUUACAGCUCAGCCUAAGCCUUUUGAUCCCCCCCUUGGUGUGGAGCUUACUGUUAUUCUGCUAAAAUUAACUCUUUUCCUGGGUUGAUGACACUUUAAUACUAGACUUUUGCUGACCUCCAUAAAUGUUGCAAACAAAAGCAAAACUACCAUCCACCCUGAGAAAGCUUUGUUACACAAAAGUUAACUGGAUGCCUUUAUAAAAAACAAAAAACACAAAAGACAAACACCAAGAUGUACAUAAUUUAUUUGUCCUGAAACCUGUGAAUUAUACCUUUGGUCUUCGGAACUGCACUUGCCCACAAAGCAGCUUUUGCUACAGCAGAUGGUAAAGAAAUACGGUUUAUUUACAGGAAAAAAAAAAAAAAGUGUAAGAAAUGCUCUGAAAAGAAUGUCUAAAAUCUGUUUGUAACUUGACAUCACACUGAACAGUAUUGCAGGUUCCCAUUUGCAGAGGUAAUGAAUUUGAUGCUGUUUUAAUCCUAUGUUUAUGAAUAUUGCAGUUUUUCCGUAUUCAUUCCAUCACACCAUGUUUACGGGCAGCAUUUGUUAAAGAAUGCUACCUUUUCCUUCACAAGAUUGCAGUAUAUAUAGAUAUGCAUUUUAUUUUACUUGUGUACAAGUAUACAAAAAAAAUAUAAAAUAAAGAUUUCUUUUGCUAAA